GAAGAACGUUCAGGUAGUACCGCCCACUUACGAUUUGACCUUACACCCUAUGAUGCAGGCGGAAGUGUAAAUCCCUAACUAACAUCGGGAGGACGGUUAGCCACUGCUGGAAGAAUGGACACUCUAAUUUUGGAACCCUCGCUGUACACCGUAAAAGCUGUCUUGAUUAUGGACAACGACGGAGAAAGACUCUAUGCCAAGUAUUAUGAUGACACGUACCCUACUGUCAAAGAGCAGAAAGCUUUCGAGAAGAACAUCUUUAACAAGACACACAGAACAGACAGUGAAAUCGCCUUGCUUGAAGGUCUUACUGUUGUUUACAAGAGCAACAUAGAUCUGUAUUUCUAUGUCAUCGGCAGCUCACAUGAAAAUGAGUUAAUGCUUAUGUCCGUACUGAACUGUCUGUUUGACUCUCUCAGUCAGAUGCUCAGGAAAAAUGUGGAGAAGAGAGCCUUACUUGAAAAUAUGGAGGGGCUUUUCUUAGCCGUGGAUGAGAUUGUAGAUGGAGGCGUUAUCCUGGAGAGUGACCCCCAGCAGGUUGUACACCGAGUGGCCCUGAGGGGUGAAGACGUGCCUCUGACAGAACAGACAGUCACUCAGGUGUUGCAGUCGGCCAAAGAGCAGAUCAAAUGGUCUCUUCUACGAUAGAGCUCAGCCGUCCUUCUCUUCCACCAAGAUAACGAUAUAUUCAUCAUCACUCCUCUCAUCACUGUUGCCUUUUUCCAUUUUUUUUUUCUCCCUUCAGUUUUUCUUUGCUGUGAAUUUUUGGACCUUCUAAACAUACUAUAAACAUAGUAUAAACAUGUAUACUCAGUAUACACCUUAAGAGAAGACUGAGCAACAAACAGAGGUCUAAAGUUUUAUAAUAUGAACUCUGGUCCAUUUAUGAUGACUUCUGGACAGUGAUGCAGAUACAGCGUGAAUAUAGAAACCAUUUCUUUUUUCAGUGAUCCAGACCAAGAGCGAUUGAGUGGUUUCCAGUGUGUGUGCGCGCGCGUGUGUGUGUGUGUGUGUG